CUCCGCGCCAGUGAUGCUAGUCCUCAAGGCUGGCUUGGGUAGGGGGCUGCGGGGAGAGGCGGGGCGCCUCCGGGGCCUCCCGCAACCAAGGGGCGGGACGAUGGAGCCCCACCCCUGCGAAGGAGGGAGGGAACCAGAGAGCGCUGCGGGUGGUGAGCGCUCCGCCCGGGCGCGCCUGCCUCUGCCGCCGCUACUGCCGCUGCAGCGGGUCUAAGGCUGUAGAGGCGGGCUGGGCGCGGGCGGGAGCGGGGAGGAGGGAGGAGGCGGCGGCGCGUGUGCCAGGCGGGCAGGCGGGAGGGCGGCUGGCACAGGGCUUGUAAAUAAACUGCGAUGCUGUCUCGGGCUCGCUGGCCCGGGUGCCGUCGCCGCCGCCGCCACCUCCCGGGAGCUUCAGUGCCAGGCUCCCACCACCGCGCGCCCUAGCGCCACCGCGCCAGCCCCGCGCGCCCUCGCCGGGCUCCCCGCGGACCCCGGCUCUCCGCGCCCCUCCGGGUCCCGCGGCGGACCCGCCCGGGAUGUGACCCCCUGACUCCACAUCCGACCUCCCCUGCCCCCCGGGAGGCCCGCCUUUGCCUGCUUUUGGGGGGGAGGGUGGGCGGGGAGGGGCGCGCGGAUCAUGGCAUUGGAGUUCCCGGGCUUGCAGCCUCUGCCGCCGCCUCAUCCACGCACCCCAAGCGCUCCUUCUUCCCGGAGCAGCAGCGGAGAAGGCGAAGCGCCCGGUGGGGGCGAGGCAGAUGGGGCUCAAGGCUCGCAGGGCGGCGGGGGCGGCCGGCGGCGGCGGCGGCGAAGGGGGCGGCGGAGGCGGCGGGGCCGCUAACCCAGCCGGAGGGGACUCGGCGGUGGCAGGAGACGAGGAGCGGAAAGUGGGGCUGGCGCCAGGAGAUGUGGAGCAAGUCACCUUGGCGCUUGGAGCCGGAGCCGACAAAGACGGGACCCUGCUGUUGGAGGGCGGUGGCCGCGAAGAGGGGCAGCGGAGGACCCCGCAGGGCAUCGGGCUCCUGGCAAAGACCCCCCUCAGCCGCCCAGUCAAGAGGAACAACGCCAAGUACAGGCGCAUCCAAACUUUGAUCUACGACGCCCUGGAGAGACCGCGGGGCUGGGCGCUGCUCUACCACGCGCUCGUGUUCCUGAUUGUGCUGGGAUGCUUGAUUCUGGCCGUGCUUACCACCUUCAAGGAGUACGAGACCGUGUCUGGAGACUGGCUUUUGCUGCUGGAAACAUUUGCUAUCUUCAUCUUUGGAGCUGAGUUUGCCUUGAGGAUAUGGGCCGCUGGGUGUUGCUGUCGAUACAAAGGCUGGCGUGGACGGCUCAAGUUUGCCAGGAAGCCUCUGUGCAUGUUGGACAUCUUCGUGCUGAUUGCCUCGGUGCCAGUGGUUGCCGUGGGAAACCAGGGCAAUGUCCUUGCCACCUCCCUGCGAAGCCUCCGCUUCCUGCAGAUCCUGCGCAUGCUUCGUAUGGACAGGAGGGGUGGCACCUGGAAGCUCCUGGGUUCGGCUAUCUGUGCCCACAGCAAAGAACUCAUCACUGCCUGGUACAUCGGCUUCCUGACACUCAUCCUUUCUUCAUUUCUUGUCUACCUGGUGGAGAAAGAUGUGCCGGAGGUGGACGCACAAGGAGAGGAGAUGAAAGAGGAGUUUGAGACCUAUGCAGAUGCUCUUUGGUGGGGCCUGAUCACACUGGCCACCAUCGGCUAUGGAGACAAGACACCUAAAACCUGGGAAGGACGUCUGAUUGCUGCCACCUUUUCUUUAAUUGGUGUCUCCUUUUUCGCCCUUCCAGCAGGCAUCCUUGGCUCAGGACUGGCACUCAAGGUACAGGAGCAGCACCGUCAGAAGCACUUUGAGAAGAGAAGGAAGCCAGCCGCUGAACUCAUCCAGGCUGCCUGGCGAUACUAUGCUACCAACCCCAACAGGAUUGACCUGGUGGCAACCUGGAGAUUUUAUGAAUCAGUUGUUUCUUUCCCAUUCUUCAGGAAAGAACAUCUGGAAGCAGCAGCCAGCCAAAAGCUGGGUCUCUUGGAUCGGGUUCGCCUUUCUAAUCCUCGUGGUAGCAAUACUAAAGGAAAGCUAUUUACCCCUCUGAAUGUAGAUGCCAUAGAAGAAAGCCCUUCUAAAGAACCAAAGCCCGUUGGCUUAAACAAUAAAGAGCGUUUCCGCACCGCCUUCCGCAUGAAAGCCUACGCUUUCUGGCAGAGUUCUGAAGAUGCUGGGACAGGCGAUCCCAUGGCAGAAGACAGGGGCUAUGGGAAUGACUUCCUCAUUGAAGACAUGAUCCCCACCCUAAAGGCUGCCAUCCGAGCUGUCAGAAUUCUACAAUUCCGUCUGUAUAAAAAAAAAUUCAAGGAGACAUUGAGGCCUUAUGACGUGAAAGAUGUGAUUGAGCAGUAUUCCGCCGGACAUCUUGACAUGCUUUCCAGGAUAAAGUACCUUCAGACAAGAAUAGAUAUGAUUUUCACCCCUGGACCUCCAUCCACUCCAAAACAUAAGAAGUCUCAAAAAGGGUCAGCAUUCACCUACCCAUCCCAGCAGUCUCCAAGGAAUGAACCCUAUGUAGCCAGGGCAGCCACAUCAGAAACUGAAGACCAAAGUAUGAUGGGGAAGUUUGUAAAAGUUGAAAGACAGGUCCACGACAUGGGGAAGAAACUGGACUUCCUCGUGGACAUGCAUAUGCAGCACAUGGAGCGCCUGCAGGUGCACGUUCCAGAGGACUACCCAACGAAGGGGGCCUCCUCCCCAGCAGGGGAGAAGAAAGAGGACAACAGGUACUCUGAUUUGAAAACCAUCAUCUGCAACUACUCAGAGACAGGCCCCCCCGACCCUCCCUACAGCUUCCAUCAGGUGCCCAUCGACAGAGUUGGCCCCUAUGGGUUUUUUGCACAUGACCCUGUGAACCUGACCCGAGGGGGUCCCAGUUCUACAAAGGCUCAAGCCGCCCUUCCCUCCUCGGGAAGUACAUAUGCAGAGAGGCCCACAGUGCUGCCCAUCUUGACUCUUCUGGAUUCAUGUGUAAGCUACCACUCCCAGACAGAACUGCAAGGACCCUAUCCGGACCACAUCUCACCCCGCCAGAGACGCAGCAUCACUAGGGACAGUGACACGCCUCUGUCCCUCAUGUCCGUCAACCAUGAGGAACUCGAGCGAUCUCCAAGUGGCUUCAGCAUCUCCCAAGACAGAGAUGAUUAUGUGUUUGGUCCCAGUGGGGGAUCAAGCUGGAUGAGGGAGAAGCGGUACUUGGCUGAGGGGGAGACGGACACAGACACAGACCCCUUCACGCCCAGUGGUUCCAUGCCUGUGUCAUCCACCGGGGAUGGCAUUUCCGAUUCCGUAUGGACCCCUUCCAACAAGCCCACUUAGAAGGGGUCACUGGCUGACUCCCGGUACUGUAGACAGACUUUGUACAGCUCACUUACUCUCACCUCUAGCGCUUACAGUGGGGACUCCAGUGGCUAUGUCAAGCGCAUGCAUGUGCGCAGUGGCCCCCGGCAAGCAGGGGCUUCUCAUGGCCUUCUUCUUCCCCAUAACACUGCAACAAAGUCGCUUCCUUUUCAGCAUGGUUUGCAUGACUUGACACUAUAUAAAAGGCACUGUUAAUCUCUUCUAGAUACACAUUUAUCUGCUCUUCUUACUUUUAAUGAUGAUUGAACAAGUACAGGGAGACUUAUUGAUGAGCUGUGCUAUUUGUUUGGUUGGCUGGUUUCGGUUUUGAUUUGGAUAAAUUGGGAGCAUAGUUUAAGUUAUUUCUAGGCUCGCUUCCUUUUUGUGUAAAAUGCUCCAGUUAAUUAACUGUUUUCUAAGCCAAGGAAAUUAUUUUCUCAACCAAAACAUAAUGCAUUACAGUGAGGCUAUCUACUGAGAAAACAGGAGAACAGAAACAAGAUAGUCAAUCAAACCCCAAAGCCAAAAUUUUAAAAAUUUAUUUUGCUAAUGGAAGGCUGGCAAAAUUAUUUAAAAGCUCUGAAGAGGACUUGGUCUACCAUUGUUCAGUACUGUGCCUCAGUUUCCCCAUUCAUAAGAUGUUGGUGAUCUAAAAUAUAACAUCACGUCUGUUAUGGAUUGGUGAGGAGAAAUCAUACACACAUACCACAAACACAGAAAAAUAGUUCCCUAUCUAUAUAGCCAAAGAUAAUGAAAUUUACCAGAAGUGGAGUGCCCCUCUAGGCAGGAGCUAAAUUCAGUAUCUUCAAAAUGAAAUUCCAAUUCAUCUGCCUUGCCUGUACUUGAAUCCAAAGUGGAAAUUAGAAUCAAAAGCAAUUAUCUUUCCAUGUCAUCUAUUUAAAAGCGCAAAGUUUUGGGCACAAGUCCUGUGACUUGCCUUGAGACACUUGGCAGUCUUGUGGAGAGUAAGGACUCAAAACCUCCACCUGAUGACUCACUUUUUGCCUCAGUCUCCCCUCAUAUUUUGCCAUUUGCACACAGGAAUCUAGAAAUCAUACCAAGACACUAGCAUUCUUUAUCCAUGCGAUGUAAUUCUCACUGUUUAUUCAAAGGGAGGAGGAUAUCUGUUCUGAGUGCAAAGCAUACCUACUUGAUGCCUUACAAGUGAGAUCCAGGGUUAAAAAUACAAACUAGUUAUAAAUACACAGAUAGGAAGAAUUCCCAGAAUCACUCACUUUUACUCCUCUAGAUUUUCUCGGUGAAAAUAUCAGAACCAAGCAAAAUCAUAAGAGAUGCUGAAGUGUCAAACAAUAGCCCAGAAACCCCUACUCUGCUGUAAAAGGACUGAUUUUAAGCACAAGCCACGAUGUGGCCUCUCAGGAUAUAUUGGUACUUGCUGAAAACCUCUGAUAGAAAAGUUUAGACUCUGGCUACUCUUGCUGUAUCACCACAGCACAGUAUGUGUCUCAGUCUUUUCCUGUAUCUAAACACUGGUUUGAAAUGGUUACCAUGAUGAUAAUCAAGACAAUGGAAAUACCCUAAGUAAGUGUUUGAAUGCAACUCUCAAGAGCCAUAAAUACCGUGGCAGACAUCUAGUUGAUGGUUUCAUCAAUUUCCAAUGUUACUGUUCUGCACUGUGUUGGAGAGAGACUCCUCAGAGAUUGGUUUCUUGCAACCUACAUUCUGAUUGGCCCUAUACAAACUGCUGAGAAUACAGUAAUGGUGAAAGCUUGUCCCAUGACUAUAGGAACUUAAACCCAAAACCUGAAUUUCCCUGAAUGAUGGCAAGCACUGUGAAUGGUAGAGGAAUAACCUUCAUCGAUUGUGUCAUGAAUGGAUAUAUGGAUAGUGACCUUUAAGUGCAAGGCAGGCAAUAUUUUAAUACAGUUACACACAUCGGAGGUAACCCUUUUCCUUAUGGUUUUAAAGGGAUUUUCUGGCAAUAUGAAAGACAAAGGCUUUGUAAUGGACCUGUUCCCCAAGUUCUUUCAAUAUAAUGUUAGUGAUGUCAUUGGGGGGCUAUAAUCUAAAAAAAAAAAAAAAAAAAAAAAAAGAAAAAAAAGAAAUUUACACUUCUUCCUAGAAACUUGGUUCUUGAAUCUGAUCUUCCCAGAAUUUUUUCACUAGGAAUUGCUAUACUACCUAGCAUCUAACAUGGGCCAUGCUUCUUCAAUAUGUUACAUAUGGAUGCAUUUUUUUUUCCAUGAGUUCAGUGGAGUUCUAGGCCAAGAAAUCUUUUAACUGGAAUUUGCAUUAUUUUCCAAGCAACAUAUAAGUGAGCAAUCUUGCUUUCCUGGAAGGAAUUAGUUUUGUAUUGAUUACCAACUUAGAUAUCUAGUCAGUUGUCUAUAUCAGGUAGGCAGCAGAAUACAUAUUACAUAGGGGACCAAUACUAAAAGGCUUAAGAGUUGAUCUUUCCCAUUUAAGAAAACAAACAGAAGAAAGAUAAUCUGAAGUCCACUAUUGUAAUAUUACAGAAAAAAAAAAACUAAACCAACAAACCAAAAAUAUUUAUCUGAACCUGUCGAUAAAUUGCAUGGUCACCACUGGACUGGCACUGAGGAUGCAGAAGUUCUGGUCCUGGGGUUGAAAUGUCAAUAUGUGUUCCAUAAGAUCUUUUGUAAGACAAAAGAAUCUCAAGACAGAAUAAUCCAAAAGAAUUGGAUAGCGAGUACCAGAAAGCAAACAGUAACACUGCAGCUUGCCUAGGAAGUCACAGCGAUUUUGGCAGAAACCCAGAAAUAGUGACAAAUUAAUUCCAUCACAAAAACCAGGAAUGGUUUUCUCAGAUAAAAAGAUGGUCUCAUUAUAUGUAUAUGACUACCAUGUUUUAAAAUAUAAUAUAUUUAAAUUUUUAAGAAUUAGGACUGAAGGUAUAACUCAAUGGUAGAGUACUUGUCUCCCAUGCAUUAGUUCUGGCAUUGUACAACACCAACACAAGCACACACACACACACACACACACACACAUUAGGGGAACAUAUUUUAGCAAUAUGAAAUAAAAUUAAUGAAAGAAAUUAACUUUUAAAUGCUAAUUAAAAGAUAAUUCUAUCUGGCUGAAGAAAAGUGAGAUGAAGUGUAAAUUUUAAAUAUUAAAUAUUAUACAAGCAGAUAUUAAAAACUUAAGAAAAAUUGAAUUGUGGGAAGAAGAAAAAAAGCAUUAAAUUGAGAAAGUUCUUUUGAAUAACUAUUUGUUUUUAAAAUUUAGAGUUCAACCUUACUAGACAUGACAUUGAUGUUCUAAAAUCUUAUUUUUAUGAAGAAGUAAGUAAAAAACAACAAAGUAAAUAAGUAAAACCAAACUAACCAAUAAUUAUGUAUCUGUUCUGUACAAAGCUGUUACUAGACAUUGUAAAUAAAAAGUAAGCGCUAUUAGAAAACAGAGAAUAACAGAAUCUACUCACAAUUUGUCAAAAGCAUUCUCAUAGUUUCAUGCUGCUCUGAGAGGGUAACAAAGAAAUAUUCAUUUGGUUAUUAAUUUAGCAGGUUUUUCUAGAUACCACUGAAUACCAAGACUCAUGCAACAGAAAUUCAGAGACCAGAAAGGCAGUUUCUGCUAUAAAAAAGCUGAUGGCCUCAACUGUUGAUGACCUUUUUAGACUCUUUCUACCUAAUUUUGUGGCUGCAAACAACUGUCCACCAAUAAGAGUGCUCCCCACUGGGAAAAUUGCAAGUUCAAAACAGAAGAGAGUGAAAGUGAAAGCAUUACAUCUAAUGACAACUGUCACCUUAAGGAAGGUUAAAGUUCAUAGAAUGGAGACUUUGCAUUUGGGUUCAUCAUUCUGGACUCUAUAACACCAAACAACCAAUGUAAGAACCUGGACUCUGAAGAAGGUUCCUGGAGACAUCAGCUUUCUUCCCUGUAUUCUGCCACAAUGGAGGCCAGAGAAGUGGCUGAGGCAUUUGUUUCACCAUAUUGACCAAAAAGCAAGUGGCAAAGGUCAUGUCACAACAUCUCUUUGAAAAGAGCUUCUACUAGUCAGAAGCUGCAGGUCAAAGUCUUUGGAGAAAAGAGAAGAAAUGCUCUUAGAAGCCAACUAUACUUUUGACAAAGCUGCCAAAUAGACCCUGCUUCUCUUAAUCUAUUACUACCCCAGAUGAUGCUGCAAAGAAUAGAUGCUCUUUGGUUUUCAUGAAUAUGUCCCCAAGGCAUCCCAGGACCAUAGAGACAUUCUUGCUUUUGGAGUUUUGGGAUAUCUCUAAGAAUUUGUCUUCACUUGUCUUCAAAAGCAUGCUAUUUCCAGAGUGAACUUUUAACAUAAAUUUGCUUUCUGCAUCCAAAAAUAUUAAAAAUUCUCAUGCUGCUUCUGCAGUUUAAAACUGAGCCAUCUUUACCCUAAAACAUGGCAGUAGGUAGCAGCUCAGUGGACUCCCAAAUUUAGAAAUGUUAGGGUUCAUAAUACCUACGUAGCUUUCAUAGGUUUGGAAACCAUGAGGUGAUGAUGGAUAGUGUCAAACAAAUGAAAAGGAUGUAGAGAUGACUUGUAUAAAAAUCUGAGUUUUGGAACACUCAAAACUGACUAUUUCAGUCUUUUAAGUUUCAAGUGAGACAAUCAACUAUGUAUAAAGCCCUUAGUGAAGUUUCUGGUCCAUACCAAAACUGUUAAUAAUUAUUUAUUUCUGUUUUUACAGUAUGUAUAGACUCCAGUACAUCAGUUAAUGAUAUUACCUAUGGACUUUAAGUUUACACCAGAAAAUAUUUUUUAGGGAAAAAAAAAAGCUGGUGGAGAUAUAAUCCAAAUUAUUGCAUGAUAAAACUAGAUGCUCUCUAAUCAUGUACCUGUCUGCAACUAAACAUGAUCAUUUUUCCCAUCAAACUGUGCAAAAAAAUGGAAUACUGAAAGGAACAUUAAGAAUGCUGGUUCUCAGUAGUUGGGUGGUGAAAGUUUUAUUGGACAGAGAGUGACAGAUGUAGUAGUGUUCUCUAAAACAUGACUUAUAGGAGAUGGAGACGAAAAAGAACCAAUUAAAUAUGAAAGGAAAGUCAACCGUGGCAUGAUGGCUAAUAAGUAGCACCCUUGUCAUGAAUGGGACAUUUUCAGAAAGAAGGUCAAAACAUCUUCAAAUUCUUCCUUGUAGAUAGAGUCUCAGCCUUCAGCAGCCUCAACUUCAGUAUCCCUCUGGGAUCAGUUCAACAGAAUUGAGGAGAUGUAAUUUCACAUACUCUAAAAUGCUCAGAGCAAGAAAUUUAUCACCCAUGUUUUUUUGUUUGUUUUUGUUUGUUUAGGGCAGGACAUCAACACUUAGAGAACAGGGGCCUUUAACCAGGUUUCAUGGUGAUUAGAAUAAAAGUCAGGUAGCACGGUGAUCCUAGGUCUCAGGUCUCCCGACUCCUGGUCCAGACGUUAGCGACAGGGGAGUAUUUCUGGUGACCCUGGAAGAUAAAUGAAAUUCUCUGCUGCCCUUGAGAAAGAGCUGAAUCAGAAAUGCUUUUUGAGACUUCACUCUAUUGCUAGGACAUAAGACUGAUGCUCCCAUGUGGUAAAGAUGUCCCUUCUUCUGAAUGUCUCCUCUUCAAAGGGCUCAGAGAAACCUCCUGCUGAAAAGCAUGGUUAGGGAAUGACCGAAGAACAAUCCUUUAACCAUGUGCAUGGCCGCUUUCUGCCCUUCUGAUUACUCCUGCUUUGUCUCUUCUUAACGCUGCCAAGGUUGGACAGGCUUACCUGUUCGGUCCAUCCCUUAGACUUGUUCAGCUGCACUCGCACCUUGGGUUGCAUCCUCAGACACAGGCCCACUGAAUGAGACUUCUCUAGGUUUAAUUUAAAUAGGACCUGAUUGCUUUGGCAAUCUAACUUGGCACAAACUUCCAGUGACUUUGUGUGCUGGAAUAUCUGGGUUUUGUCUGAGCAUGCCUGGUUCCUCUCACUUUACCCAAGGGGAUUCCCAUGCUUGCCAUUUCAUAGACAGGUACUCUUUGGUCCUUUUCCAAAGCUGCAUUGAAUCCAUUCUUCUUAAAACAUAUCAUGUCUGUGUAACUGUGACAAUACUUUAGGGAAUAAACUGGUCUCUUGUGGCUUAUGUGCAGAUAUCUAGGGUUUGCACUUGGGCUGUGCUUACAUUUGCCAGAAUUUGACAGUUCUCUGCCCAAAUCUGCAUUAAACCCACUGGUAAGAGAGGAUGUCUUGGCAAUCCUAGUUUAGGCUGAUCCAAAAACUCCUGAAGGAAUCAAAGAGAAAGGUGCCACAUUAUGAGUUGUCUUUAGCUGACUAGAUUAUUUCAAAGAUUGUCAUUCUGCCUGAGAUGUGUUCCUUCUCUUAAUAGCACUCCUUUGAGAUUGAAAUAAGUACCAGGAAAGAAUAAUAAUUUUUUUACAUAGGUCUAUAGAACCUGAGAAUGGCUUACAAUGAAUUAGCCAAACCAAGCCUAGUACUUAGGACUAUAUCAGACUGCAAUUGGAAACCUAAGAUUUAUGAAAAUGAGAGAAAGUUUGAUUUCAACGGGCCAUUCCCUGCCCACAAAACUGAGGUCUGGUAUAGGAGAACAGCUCCCCCUAAGUUCUCCUUAGGAAUUGCAUGCAUGAGACAACAGUUCUCUAUGUGGCCUGCAUGCUGCAUCUUUAGUGCAAGCCCACUUAAGGGGCUGUUGCUGGCUGCACAGAAAUGGAAGCUGAGAGAAAAACAACUGCCUAAAGAAAGAUCCGAGACUUUAGACAAAGUCAUGGACCUCAAAAGCUUGUUUUACCCCUUCUUUUACCCCCGCUCUCACAGAGCAGUAGGAAUGCUACAAAGUCAGGCCCUAUGGUCCCUAAAAACACUUUUCCUUCCUCUGUGCAGUUACCUUUUUAGUGAGAUGAUCUCAGACACACCCAUGCCCUGGAGAAAAGAGUGACUGUGUCAGCGGAUCCUUUGGCUAUUCAGCAGGUCCUUUGACUGUUUUCACAAUCCGGCUGUCGGAGGCAGAAAGUGAUGCCACAUAAAUUAUUCACACAGUUCACAUUGGAGUCCAUUAGCCCUUGGAGUUUGGUGGUCACAGAUAUUCCCACAAACACCCUUUGUCCUCUGUCCCCACAGAUCCUCUGUCACUGUAUUUAUCUGAGUGAGUUCAAAGUGUCACAGGCUCAGCUGGCUCUCAUCUUCUGUCUCUAGACUGUAUCUUUAUUUCAGGGCUUUGAAAUUUUGCAGACACAAAUGAGCCUUUUUAAAAAAUAUUCUCCGAGAGGCCAAAAGUGCAGAUCAAUUAUGUCUCCAUGUUUCAAUAUUAAGAGAAUCUUCGCAGACACCAAAUGGACCUCCUAACUGGGCCAUUCUUUACCCUAGUGAAUUUAUUUCCAGGGAAUGGGAGAUCACU